AUGCUGGCUUGCCUCCGGAAGGAGGCGUGGCAGCCUCCGGAGGCUUGUGAUGAAGAGCUCGAAAAGCUCCUGGCGGCCGUUGCCACGCCGCUGCUGGAGGCAAUGCAAACUCCUCAAGCGCCUGUCUCGGCGCCCUUGAGUAUCGCUGCUCCUCCAACCGUCAUGGCACGGCGACCUCCGGCCUGCUUCACGCCGAUGACUCCCAUGGCUGUGCAGAGAUAA